AUGAGUAUCAACCCAUCCACAAACAUACAUUUUGAUUACGGAGGAUACUAUUCACACACCGAAGAGGAGUGUAAAUGGAUUACAAGAAGUCCCAUCUACGCUUUAUCGUUUAGGACAUCAUCCAUGGAUGAGAUAACUUACUCUUUGUUAGUAGAUAGGAUAUGCAGAAAGAUUGCCAUAGAUGAAACCACUACGAAGCUGAAACUGAGCUACAUUCCAUUGGUGGUGAAACCUCAGAGACAGUCAUACAUUAUCGAUGAUGAGGACGUUUACGUUUUCCUCACGACAUUGGAUAAAGAGCUGCUUAGAGGUGUUUUGCAUGUGGAGCUAAUCAAAGACUUGGAAAUAGAUCAGCGAGAAAGUUCAUUUGGUGUGAAUUAUGGGGAGCUGCUUUCAAGUAAUAGAGCUAAUCAUGCUGGUAUCUUUGCCAUUGACGAGCCGAUGGAGAAUGUUGUUGUUAUUGAAGAGCCGAUGGGGAACGUUGUUGGUAUUGAAGAUGGUGAGAAUGUGAAUGUGCCGCAUGAUGAGUUUGCGGCUGUGGAUAGCUCUGUUAUGCAUGAAUACACUGAGUUUCCACAUCCUGUAGAGGAAAGCCAGUUUAUUGAAGAGUGGGAAGAUGGUACGGGUCUUGAAAUAGGUCAAGAGUUUAGUACCAAGGAGGCAUUGCAAGAUUUGGUUGCGAGGGCUUCACUUCUAAACUGUUUUGGGUUCACUACAGUGAAGUCGGAUACGCAGCGGAUCGUGCUACAGUGCAGUCAAGCGAAAGAAGGUUGUAAAUGGUAUGUGAGAGUUGCAAAAGUUAAGAAGUCUGAUAAUUUCAGUGUUAGAGUGUACAGGAAGAUGCAUACGUGCUCUCGAGUUGUUGCGAGUGCAAGCAGUAACAAAAAGAAUAACACACCACGAUUAGUUGCGUCUAUCUUGCAUGAAGAAUAUCAAGGUAAAUUCGAUACAGUAGCUCCGAAAAACCUCAUCAGUAUUGUUCAAGAAAGACUUGGUGUGCAAGUGUCCUACUCUACGGCGUUGAGAGGGAAGAAGAAAGCUGUUAAUGAUGUGUGUGGUACUCCAGAGACCAGAGAGCCUCGUAAAAAGAAGAGUAAGAAGUCUGAGCCAGAAUGCCAGCAAAUUACAGACGCUGGAACUCAAGAAAAGACACCCUAG